AAGGCCGCGCCCUCCAUGUUGGCUCGUCGGUACCUUGAUGGAGCGGGUCCGCGGACGGGCCGUGUGUCCGUGGGCUCGAUGCUGCCGGAUGGACAGAGUACCUGCAGUACACCGACGGACCUGAUUGAAGACGGGAGAGUACGCAAAGCUCUUCCUCCUGCAGAAACGGGCCUCGUGGUUAAACCCACUCCCCCCGAAGACCUGGGAGCCAAAAGUGGUCUCCAUGGAAACCAGGAGGAGUACCUGCCAGGGAUGAUGCAAUGCAGACAACGAUGAUGUCUGAGAAUAUGGAGCCAGGUGAUGAUGUCAGCCUGCUGCACUCCCAUGAGAUGGAGCCCCCCAGAGAGGAGGACGGACACUGCCCCCUGCCCUUCAGGCUGCAGCUGAUCGACGAUCUUUCCUACGAAGACGUGAAGAAGUGUUACAGAGGAUCAACCGUCAGCAAGUACAACUCCCAGUACCACAAGCUGUUCCAGACUGUCCCCAAGGACGAGAUCCUCAUGAAGGUGUAUUCGUGUGCGUUGCUGCGAGACAUCCUGCUGCAGGGACGACUCUACAUCUCCAGGAACUGGCUCUGUUUCUAUGCCAACCUGUUUGGUAAAGACAUCAAGGUGUGCAUCCCGGUGGUGUCCGUUCGGCUGGUGAAGAAACACAGGACGGCCGGCUUGGUGCCCAACGGCCUGGCUAUCACCAUGGAUACGGCACAGAAGUACGUCUUUGUGUCCCUGCUGUCUAGAGACAGCGUCUACGACGUCCUCCGCAGAAUCUGCACUCACCUCCAGGUGAACGGGAAGAGUCUGAGUUUGAAGCAGUUUCUGGAGGAACCGAUCUCUCUUUCCAUGGUAAACAUCUGUCCCCUCCCUCACCGUCUGUCCCUUCUCUUGCUAUCUGUCCCCUCCCUUGACAGCUGUCCCCUCUCUUGGCGUCUCUUUAAGGACGAGUUCCCGGCGGUGUUGAAGUGGAGGAGGAAGCCUUCCCUCCCGGUUGUGUCCUCAUCUCUGCCGGACCUUCUGGGAAGCUCCUCCCCCGGCCUCGCUGCAGACGCACCUUUCAUCACACACACCAUCACAGACAGCAGUCUGGAGACCGAGACCAUUCUGCUGACAGAACCAGUACCUGAACUGGGUCACAUGGAGUACCAGCUGCUGAAACUCUUCAUCCUGCUCGUCUUCUUCCUGGUCCUCUCCUCCUGCUACCUGGCCUUCAGAGUGUGUCGCCUGGAGCAGCAGAUGAGCUUCCUGAGCAGCCAGCCCACGCUGAGGGACAGAUGUGGAGAGUUGCCCUGCUGGCUGGCCAAUCAGAGGACAGGAACCUGAAAGAGCCAAUCGGGGAGUAGAAGAAGAAAAACCUGCACAUACAUAUAUUUCCCAUUGAGGGGCGGAGUCAACCUGGUUGCCAUAGAGACACAACGGUCCGGCCUCUCGAGAGGUCGCGUAGAGGUCAGGAGGCCGGAGGGCCGAGGCGUGAUGUCACAUAACAGAUGUGUGUGUUUCGUUUAGCAGACACUUUCUCACAGUUUAAGGUUAACAGAUUGUAGGUCACAUGUCUAAAUUAUUUACAAACUACAUUUACACCAGUCCAUCUCAGCUGUUAUUUGGAUCCGAAGUCUCCAAAACUUGUGUUUGAAUGAAGCUUUGAAGUCUUUUCCCCAUUUCACAGAAGCUCUACAAACAUGUUUAUUUGCUACUUUUCAGUCAACUUGUGGGCUUAAGUUUUGCAUUUUGAAGUCAAAGUUGUUUAUUCUUUCGGAUCGGCCCGGUGCCAAAGGGCCCAUUAAAGCAGCAUUCUCCCUCCUGGCCACUAGGGGGAGACUCCUCUGACCCUUGACCCCCAGGUCUCCUGUCACCUGAGUGAGAGCCAGUGCUUUAGAUGGUGUAAAUAAGAAGGGACAGCACUGCCACAUGUCACGUCACCGUGGCAACGCUAAUAAAUAUGAUUUACAACU